CGGAAAGCCGGAAGUAGUCAGAUGAUACAGGAAAUGGUCGCGGCAGUCGUCCUGCUGUAACAUAUCCACAGAUCCAGGGUUCGCCUCAGGCCACCAUGUCUCGUUCCCGUCAACCUCCACUAGUCACAGGCAUUUCACCGAAAGAGGGUGCUGCCUGGACCAAAGUCACCAUCCGUGGAGAAAACCUGGGCACAGGCCCAGUUGACCUCAUUGGCCUGUCGAUCUGUGGCCAUAACUGCCUGCUGACAGCUGAAUGGAUGUCAGCCAGUAAGAUAGUGUGCCGUGUGGGUCCUGCCAAAGAUGACAAGGGAGAGAUCGUUGUCACCACCAAGUCAGGGGGUCUUGGCACCUCCACGGUGUCAUUUAAACUGCUCAGACCAGAGAGAAUUGGUAUCCUGGACCAGUCUGCUGUGUGGGUGGAUGAGAUGAACUACUAUGACAUGAGGACCGGCCGCAACAAAGGCAUCUCCCCCCUCUCCCUGCGACCUAGCAAUCCCCUGGGCAUCGAGAUAGACAAAUGCAAAAUCCUACAGAGUGACAUGGAGCUGACCUUUCCAGGCAUGAGUGGAGACUUCACCAGUGAGAACUUCUCUGCCACCUGGUACCUCAUCGAGAACCAUGCAGGAUCGAGUUUUGAGCAGUUGAAGGUUGCAGCCAGUAACCUUAAGAAGCAAGCUACUAAGAAGAAUGAGGGGAGUCUGGCCUAUGUGAAAGGAGGCCUCAGUACGUUCUUUGAGGCCCAGGACGCUCUUGCAGCAAUUCACCAGAGAUUGGAGUCUGAUGGAACAGAGAGAGUUGAAGGAUCAAUGACCCAACGACUUGAAAACAUCCUCAACAGAGCGAGUAAUACUGCAGAUACUCUUUUCCAGGAGGUCCUGGGCCGGAAGGACAAAGCGGACUCAACGCGCAAUGCUCUCAAUGUACUACAACGCUUCAAGUUUCUCUUCAACUUACCACUCAACAUUGAACGCAAUAUUCAAAAGGGAGAUUAUGAUGUGGUCAUCAACGAUUAUGAGAAAGCCAAGUCUCUGUUUGGUAACACUGAGGUCCCUGUUUUCCAAAAAGUGUAUGCCGAGGUUGAGACGAGGAUCGGAGCGCUGAGGAGGCUCUUAUUGGAGAAACUGCUGCAGACGCCAUCAACAUUGCAUGACCAGAAGCGAUACAUCAGGUACCUGAUCGACCUGCACGCUCCAGGUGACCCAGCCUGGCAGUGCAUCUAUGCACAGCACAAGUGGAUCCUGCACCUGAUGCAAAACUGCAGAGAAGAGUUCAUCUGUGGCCAGAAAGUGCUUGAUCUGGAGGGGGACGCCCAUCCACUGACCCUCGGCAGACUCAGCCACACUGUGUCUUUGAAGGGAGGGAGCAGCCUGAGAACACUCCGGGCCAGCACCCGGCACUUUGAAACCCCACAGCAGGUGCAGUUCGUGGAGAAGCUGUCAGACGUGGUUAUUGGUCAGCUGCCGAAUUUCUGGAAACUUUGGAUCUCUUAUGUUAAUGGAAGUCUUUUCAGUGAGACUGGAGAGAAAUCUGGACAGAUGGAGAAAUCCAAGAAGAAUGCCAGACAGAGACAGAAUGACUUUAAAAAAAUGGUGGAAGAGAUUACCAAUCGGCUGGUGAAGCUCAUUCGGGGGGCUCUACUGCCCACCACCCUGCCACCUGGGGAGCGGAGUGAUUAUGGAGGCUGGGAGAAUAAAGCGGAGCUCACUGGAGCCUGGCUUACACAAAUCAUACACACUGUCAGGAGUUGUCAUGAGGCUCUAUCUGCUAUGGAAAUCCCCAAUGAUUUGCUGCAGGUGAUCCAGGAUCUGCUGCUGGAGUUGAGAGUUCACUGCCUCAUGGUGACUCUCUUGCACACAACAGAAGAUGUGAAGAGACUCACUGAGAAGGUUGACUGGGUUGUCGACAACAAGGGAAUCACUAACUUGCCUUCUCAGUUUGAAAAGUGCAUUCUCCAGAUGCUGCAGUCACUUGAAGAGCCUCUGGAAAUCAAAAUGGGAGAGACUAACGUGUUGCUGUUAGACCAGGUCCAGGAUCAGGUCACUGAGCUCACUGUGACCAUUAUGAAGGUUUUUAUCAACUGCUUGGAGCAGCUAAGCACCAAGACAGAUGGAGACAAUGAUGCAGCUCACAACAUUGCAGUGGACUUGUCCUCUCCAGAUCAAUUUAGCAGCAUUCAAGAGGUCUUCAGUCCAACAUUUGAGCAGCGUCUGCUGAUCAUCCUGAGUAACUGCCAGCACCUGGAGAGACACACCUUCCUGAACCUGGUUGAACACUUUGAGAAACAUGGCUUCACAGGCACAGAGAAAAUCACACGGGAGAGUGUCGAUGCUGUUCGGGAACUGGACAGAACACUGUUUGAUGCCUACAUCGAAAGACGUGCCGACCCAAUCGCAGGCUCUCUGGAGCCUGGCAUUUAUGCCGGAUACUUCGACUGGAGAGACUGUCAAACGCCCACAGGCGUCAGGAACUACCUGAAAGAAGCUCUGGUCAACAUAAUCACAGUGCAUGCUGAGGUCUUCGCAGUCUCUAAGGAUCUGGUAUCUCAGGUCUUGUCUACGAUUGUUGAGUCAGUUUCAGAGGAGAUGUGUCGUCUUAUGCAGUGUGUGUCCUUCUUCAGCAAAAAUGGGGCCCUGCAGGCUCGUCUUGAACUCUGCGCUCUGAGAGACGCCAUAGCCACAUAUCUAAAUUCUGAAAGCAAUAGCAGCUUCAAACAAGCUCUGGAUGCUUUGCCUCAGUUACACAGUGGAUCUGAUAAGAAGUUACUGGAGGAGCUGUUGAAUACGUUCAAGAGCAGCAUGCAGCUUCAGCUGACCUGCUUCCAGCCCUCUUCUGUCCAGCCUGUAAAGAGAUGAACUCUGCAUCUGUGCUGCAAUGUCUUUGUAUCUUUGCUGUUAGAAUUCAAAUAUUGAACAUACAUCACUUUGGUUUCUCAACCUGUUUUUCAAUGUCUGCUUCACUAGAUUUGAUCCAAAUGUAUGUAAUCUAAUCUUGAAGAUUUUAAAUGAGUUGAUUUCAUGAAGAACAGUUGGGAUUGUUAUGCUAAUGAUGAAGGCACCAUCACUCAGUCUGAUCCAGUUGCCCAAUAAAGUCAUUCCAAUUCA